UUGUGGAUGGGUCCAGCUACGUCAAGGAAGGUAAAAGGAGGUCAGGAUAUGCAGUGGUAAGGGGAGAUGGGGAGACUAUAGAAAGCGGGGCGCUCCCCAACACUUGGUCAGCUCAAAAAUGUGAAGUGAUGGCAUUGACUCGCGCCCUAGAAUUAGCGAAAGGAUUGGAUGUAACCAUAUGGACAGAUUCAAGAUACGCGUGGGGAGUGGUUCAUACUUUUGGCAGGACAUGGAGGGAGAGAGGCUUUAUUAAGGCGGAUGGGAAACAGAUUGAGCACAUAGCCUUGUUAGAACGGUUGCUAGAAUCUCUAAUGGGACCACGGAAAGUAGGGAUUGUACAUAUUUUAGCUCAUACCAAAGGACAUAGUCCAGAGGAGCAGGGAAAUGCAUGGGCAGACCUCAGGGCGCGAGAAGCAGCUGAGGGAGAGCCCAGAGACGAAGUAAUUAGGCAAUGUGUCCUACAGGUUCCGGUGAUAGAUCCGCGGGACCUGAAAAAUUUAGUAUUUACUCAAAAGGAAAAGGAAUAUAUGGAAAAGGAGGGGUGGGAAAAGAAAGGAGAUGAUUGGGAAACCCCAGAGAGACAGAUGGUCCUUCCUAAAUCGGUGAUGCUAAAUAUUUUAGAGAAAAUACAUGAGGGGAGCCAUCUGGGCACUGAGGGAAUGGUUAAUCUGGUGAAACCCCUGUAUUGUUGCUUAUUCCUGCCUUACAUUUGUCCCUAUAGAAAUUCAUUUUGUUAGUUUUGGCCCAAUUCUCCAAUCCGUUAAGGUCAUCUUGAACCCUGAGUCUGUCUUCUGCAGGAUCAGCUACCCCUCCCAUUUUGGUGUCAUCUGCAAAUUUGUUCCUUUGUCCAAGACAUUUAAAAAGAGGUUGAACAACAAUUGGCACAGUACAGAACCCCACUGGUCACGUAUUUCCAGGAUGAUAAGGAACCAUUAAUAAGUACCCUUUGGGUUCGGUUAGUCAACAAGCUACAAAUCCACCUAAAAGUUACCUCAUCCAACCCAUAAUUUACCCAUUUCUCCGGAAGAAUAUAAUGGGAGACCCUGCUGAAAUCAAGAUAUAUUAUGCCGACUGCGCCCGCCCCCCCUGUAGCUCUAUCAAAGAAAGAAGUGAGAUUUGUCUGGCAUGACUUGUUUUUGAAAAACCCAUGCUGGGUCUUAGUAAACACAGCAUCCAUUUUGAAGUGUGCACAGACUGACUGUUUAAUUAUCUGUUAAAGGACCCUGGUGGCAAGUAGCUGAUAGAGGCAAAAGGGUUUGGGAAAGAAUCUGGGAAAGAAUCCAGACUGUAAAUAAAAUCACAUUGCAAGCCACAGACGGGUCACUGCCUAAAUCUUGCAAUUCACGGGAAGCUGGGAUUGGCUCACUGGGAAAGGAGGGUCUAGAGCUGGCAUGGAACUAUCCCCACUCAGGCUUUCUGAAAGUGACCAAGAUUGCUCUAUAAAUUGCCACCAGCAAGGCUGAAACCUAACACGGCCCACCCAGCUAACCUUCCCUGCACAGGACGGAUUGGGACUCUGAAAAAGAAGCAAACUUCAGAUCCGGAGAACCCCCCCUCGAUCCAUCGCCAUGGAAGGAUACGUCUCUGCCGUCCGCAAGAUGGAGCAAACGGUUAUGUUUCCCAGCCUCCUCCUCGGGGUCUCCUUGGAAGACCAGGCUGAAACAUUUGAGAGCAACUCGAGCAACGGAGACUCCAGCAGCGAGAGAGACCUGUAUGAAGAUUACACUCUGCUGAAAUCCAUCAAGGGGAGGGCAGAGUGUGGCUUAGCACAUCUUGACUUCCAGAAUCCCAGCCUCAAGGAAGAGGAGAGCAAGGAGAAGGCUGAUCUGGAAGAUCUUUUCCAUUACCACGUGUCUGGCUUGCACCGCGUCCUCACCCAGCUGACCAGGAGGGCCAACGCCGUCACUUCCAAAUACAAUGAAAUCAUGGGGCAGAUCAACCAGAAUGAAAUCUCUCUCCGCUGGUGAGACACAAGCCGAGGACACCAAAGGACAACCUGCAUUUCUGAACCUGCACAUGUGUACAACUUGGGUCCUCUGUCUGAGGCUGUGCAAAGGAGGCUCUUACUGGACAAUUUAGAGACCUUGACUGCAGCAUCGACCCCAAAGCAUGGACUUUACUUGAAUAAAUCAAGCACUGAUAUUUGUGAACAUAAUUGCUAUCUAUAUUAUAUAUGUGAACAAAACAGCUGUCUGUACGGUAUUUAUGGAUUUCUAUAAACUCCAUGGCAAAUGUAUGCCUUGGGUUUCCAUUGCUUUCUGAUGUUUAAAUAUUGGUUUUAGUUCAGACUAAU